AUGCCUGUGACGGUCCAGAAAAGAGCUUCCCAGGGUAGCCGGCGGCCUUCCGUGACCAGCGUUUCGUCCUCCACCCCAAUCACUCCAAGUUUUACCACCUCUUUUACUACCACUACUAAUAAUCAUUAUCCUCACCAACAACAACAUCGGGAUGCCCGUCAUACCCGGGCAACUUCUUGGACUUCCGGUCACGAUCAAGGCGGCGAACCUUCCUUUGCCGAUUACCCUUCCUCUGCGUCUCACUCACGGCGCCGGCGCGAAUCCAACCUCUCUCUCGCAGAUCUCACCGAGGGCUCUUCCCCCUCUUCCUCGCUCUCCUUCGACCACCCCAAUAUGGCUAUGAAGACCACUUCGUCAGAAUGGAAUCCAGGUCAUGCCCGCAGUCGCUCCCAAAGUAUGGCACAGAUGAAUGCCUCCCAAACUCAUUCCACCGGCGCCCCCGCUCCCCGCCCCGGGCCCGUCACUUGGAUGUCCCUGCCUAAAAAGAAACAAUUGGCCCUCCUGGGUCUCUGUCGCGUCUUCGACUUCUUACAGAUCGCCUCGCUACAAGCGUACAUGUUCUACCAGCUCAAAUCCUUCGACGAAACCCUCUCCGACUCCGAUGUCUCCACACAGGCUGGUAUCCUCCAAGGCGCAUUUACUGCCGCGCAGUUCGCGACAGCAAUACCAUGGGGUCGAGUGGCCGAUGCGGAUUGGGGCGGCCGCAAAUUCGUACUGUUGGUCGGGCUGGUAGGCACGGCGGUGUCCUGCCUGGGAGUCGCAUUUUCGACGUCGUUCGCGCAGGCCGUGUUCUGGCGUUCGUUUGGCGGUGCCAUUAAUGGGACGGUGGGCAUUAUCCGCACAAUGAUUGCAGAGAAUGUCAAGGAGAAGAAGUACCAUUCGCGCGCUUUCUUGAUUCUACCCAUUGGGUUUAAUAUCGCUGCUUUAUUUGGCCCAGUCAUGGGAGGUAUGCUUGCCGAUCCGGUCAAGAGUUACCCCAGACUGUUCGGGCCCAAUUCCUCCUUUGGAGGUGCUUCGGGUGUGCAGUGGCUCAUGACAUAUCCCUAUGCUUUGCCCAUGCUGGCCAAUGCUCUUUUCCUGUCAUUCUGCGCUAUGUGUGUCGCAAUGGGUCUUGAGGAGACUUCACAAGCCUGCAAGGGAAAGCCUGGCCUGGGCGCCUUCGCGAUGAAGCUUUUAGCCCGUGGGUUGAAGGCUGUCGUUCCGUCUUCGUCGCCCAUAUAUUCCAGACUUCCAUUCUCCGACUAUGAUGAGGAGGGUCCCCUGCUGAGCCGAUCAAGCGAUCCUACCGAAAGCUACGAGCUUGAAGAGAAGGCGGCCAAACCUACGAGGCUCGCUCGCGUGUUACCGUUCCGACGAAUCUGGACAAAGAAUGUCCUGUGCACUCUUCUUGCCCAGGCCUUUUUCGACUUCCAGAUGGGUGCCUUCAACAAUCUAUGGUUGCUUUUCCUAUCCACCCCUCGCUACGAUUCCAGCGACCCUGCCAGUCCCGUUCAGAGACUGCCCUUCAUUUUCACCGGCGGCUUGGGUAUGUUGCCUCAGAGUGUUGGCUUCGCCACAGCUAUCCUCGGGGUCAUCGGCAUGCUCCUCCAAUUCACCAUCUACCCUGCAAUCAACGGCCGCCUGGGCACAGCCAAGAGCUACCAAUAUUUCCUGUCGCUCUUUCCUCUGGCCUAUGCUUUCGCCCCUUACAUUGCUCUUGCGCCGUCGUCCGCGCCCCCUCCAGGGCAGGCCAACGGGCCCUGGGUGUGGUUCUCCAUCAUUGUCGUCCUGUUCCUGCAAGUCAGCGCUCGAACAUUCACACUCCCGACAUCCAUUAUCCUUCUGAACAAUUGCUCACCGCACCCUUCGGUGCUCGGUACGAUUCACGGUAUCGGACAGUCAGUAUCUUCGGCGUUCCGUACCAUCGGGCCUAUCUUUUCCGGAGCCUGGUACGGUUACGGUCUGGAGAUCGGCAUGGUCGGCUUCGCCUGGUGGCUAAUCGCUCUUGUGUCCAUCUUUGGAUGCAUAGCAGCGAUCUUUGUUUAUGAAGGCUCCGGCCAUGAGAUUCUGCUCCCGGGAGAAGAAGAGGACUUCCGGUAA